AAAACUGGAAAACUAACCAUUCGCACUUGAACAUUCAAGCGAUCACAACAAAAAAAUUUUAGAAAGAAAAGUAAAAAUAAAAUAUUAGUUUACUAUAAUUAAUACAGUUGCAGUAUUAAAAUUUUAAAUAAAGAUUAUCUUGUAAGAAUAUAGAUCAACUAAUAAAAAAAAAUGUCCGUCAAUCGUGCACCAAAGUCAGGCUUUGCAGCUGAAGCUCAACGUAAGAUCAACUCUAAAUAUAGCGAAGAAUUGGCACAAGAAUGCCUGGAAUGGAUCAAAAUUGUUACAGCUGAGCCCAUUAACACUUCAGGUGAAAUGGACAAUUUCUUUGAAGUCCUAAAGGAUGGAGUUCUCUUGUGUAAAUUGGCCAACUGUCUGCAGCCUGGUGCAGUUAAAAAGAUCAACGAAAGUAAAAUGGCCUUCAAAUGCAUGGAAAACAUCUCUGCUUUCUUGGAAUGUGCCAAAAACUUUGGAGUUCCCACUCAAGAAACCUUCCAAAGUGUUGAUCUCUGGGAAAGACAGAACUUGAAUUCCGUUGUUAUUUGCAUUCAAUCAUUGGGACGCAAGGCCCACAACUUUGGCAAACCCUCAAUUGGACCCAAGGAAGCAGACAAAAAUGUACGCAAUUUCUCCGAUGAACAAUUGCGUGCCGGUCAAAAUGUUAUUUCCCUACAAUACGGUUCCAACAAGGGAGCCAACCAAUCUGGCAUUAACUUUGGCAACACCAGACACAUGUAAUUCUUCAAACUCAUCUUCCUUCCACAAAAUCCCACAACAGCUUGGCUUGUUAUAACAUUUUAGACAUUCCAUAGGAUCUACAUUCCUUUUGUAUUAAUACAACUAUUUUAUAAUUAUUAUUAUCGCAUUCAAAUACAAAGAUGUAUUCUACUUUUUUUUAAUUUAAAUGAACUCAAACUUUAAUUUCCCUUUUCCCCCUCAUACAAACUCCUUUUGUAUUUUAUAAGAGUAUAUACAUAUUUAAAGAGAGAAAAAAACAUAAAAGUUGACACUUUUUAUACAUGAUUUA